GGGUGGAGGGCCUGAAGGCGGGCCGGAGAUGCAGCUGGGGGAGGGGGCGGAACCUCCGGGUACCGCUGGCGUGAGAGGACCCUUGCGGCCUAAGGGGAGGUGUUCCUUUGGUCCUCAAACCUCAACUUUCUUACUGGGCUUCUUCCUGCUGUAUCCCAGUUUGAAAAAUUAAAGAUUUCUUCGUCUCUUGUCUUUCUGGAAAAUGUGCCUUUUCCUCGGGGCAGCCCGGGAUUCUCCAAGAGGACAAUGGAUUCUGGGACUCGCCCAGUUGGUAGCUGUAGCAGCCCUGCCGGGCUGUCUCGGGAAUAUAAACUAGUGAUGCUGGGUGCUGGUGGUGUAGGGAAAAGUGCCAUGACCAUGCAGUUCAUUAGCCACCGAUUUCCAGAAGAUCAUGAUCCUACCAUUGAAGAUGCUUAUAAAAUCCGGAUCCGUAUUGAUGAUGAGCCUGCCAAUCUGGACAUUUUGGAUACGGCUGGACAGGCAGAGUUUACAGCCAUGCGGGAUCAGUAUAUGAGGGCAGGAGAAGGGUUUAUCAUCUGUUACUCCAUUACCGAUCGUCGAAGUUUCCAUGAAGUUCGGGAGUUUAAACAGCUUAUUUAUCGAGUUCGACGUACUGAUGAUACUCCUGUGGUUCUUGUGGGAAACAAGUCUGACCUAAAGCAGCUAAGACAGGUCACCAAGGAAGAAGGAUUGGCUUUGGCCCGAGAAUUCAGCUGCCCCUUUUUUGAGACAUCUGCUGCAUACCGCUACUACAUCGAUGAUGUAUUCCAUGCCCUUGUCCGGGAGAUUCGUAGGAAAGAAAAGGAGGCAGUGCUGGCCAUGGAGAAAAAAUCUAAGCCCAAAAAUAGUGUAUGGAAGAGGCUAAAAUCACCAUUCCGGAAGAAGAAAGAUUCAGUAACUUGAAGGAAAGAUGUGAAAUGUUUAUCUGUGAACUGCAGUGCUUAAUCAGAGCAGUCCAGUAAUCUGCAUUAGUGAGCAUGGUGCUUGUUCUUUCUCCUGUUAUGACCGUUAUUUUAAAAGUAACUGAUGAAGGGGACAUGCCCACUAGGAGAUUUCAAUGAUGUGGUAUUUAAAGUAUUGUGUCUUAGCUAAUUCUGAUUUUAUUAACCCAGUGGAGCACUGUCUACUGUUUAAUUUGCCACAUUAGAAUUUGAUCUGCCAAUGUUUUGGAUUCUGUUGCUGACAUAAUUAAUGUAACUUUUUUAUGCCUAGGGGAAUAUGUAUACCAUAUGUGUUUGGCUAAGCUCACAAGAGGAAUUUUUUGCCAUACACUAUUCUGCACUCUGUCGCAGUCGCAACUGCAUUUUCCUAGGAAGGACUUCAGGGAAGGACUUCUGUCUUUUCUAUUCAUGCUGUGCUUCCUGGAGACAGAACAAAAAUCAUAUUGGGAAAUCAGUUCUACAGAGAUCAGUGCUAAAGUUCAGCCGAUAGCUAUGGAACUGACUCCUGUUGCAGAUAGUGAUGAGAAUGGGGAAAUCAGGCUGUAUGUUUUUGCAGGAACUUGGCUAGAAAAAGGUAGGAUCAGAACAGUGCUCCCCAGAGGAGCCUGUCUUUUCUAAGAAGUACACACAUUUGACCCAAAUUCACUGGGAUGAAUGAGAACAAACAAAUAAGUAAAAUGUAAUGAAGCUUUCUUUCUCCUACAAGGUUAUUUUACUCUUCCUUUCAGGGUUUUAUCUUUCUUUACCUUCAAAGGUAAACACGUUGGAAACCAUUACUAGAUUACUAAACUCUUGUUUAAAUAUUUGGUUGGGAUAGCCAUUGCCUUGUAUAGGUUUAUUUUUUUCCCCAGAGAUGCACUCACCAAUACACUUAUAUUAAUUGCUUCCUAGUGCUUGCCCCUCACUUCUUCAUGCUCUCUAGAAGAGCUAAGCCUGGCAGAAUGUUUUAUAGGCCCUUCGUCAGACUGACUGCAUUUUUCCAUACAGAAGAGACUAAUCAGGAGUUAGUAAAAUUGUGUAUGUGCCUCCUUGACAUAGACAAUCACUAGACUCAGUGUUCUAAGAAAGCCUGUGGCAUUUCUGUUUAAUGAGCCAGCCUUGAAGCUUUAAAAUUCCCAUGUGUUGAGUUUCUCAUUGAAGAUUUCUUUACAAGGACCUUGCUAAGUUCACCUCAGGGUUUUGUCUGAGCCUUGACAAAGCUUAGCCUAAGAGAAUACCACUUUGAUCACUGCAUAGUGGAAAAACUAUCCUGUCUUCUUGGGAAGAAUCAGCUUUAAAUAUUGGUGGUGAACUCGUUCUUUUAGAUCCAGGAUUAUUGUGAUACCUGAACUUGUUAUGCAUGGAGAUUAAGUACAAAAGUGCUAGGAAUAAUGUAGCAUAUGUUGAAGAUUAAAUGUCACUGAAGCAAUGUUUGUGACCACUUUAAAAACAUGACUUUGUGUAGCACCUUUUAAAAAGCACACAGCUUAACAUACUGUUUUCCAUUUUUAUUACCAACAGAAGGAUGGGAUUUUUCCUUCCAAUCAGUGGGAUAUGUUCUAGGUUUAAGGAAAAGUGAUGAUUGUAACUUUUUUAGCUGAGUAGUGGUCCCUUUUGAAACUCCUGAAGGUGUUUUUGCUACCAAAUAAAUCAUGUUUUAUGGUACUCAAGCCAUCCAAAAGUGAAAGAUACAGAAUUUGAAUUUAUGCAGGACAAAUAUCUUAAGGAAUCAUAGCACUUUGGAGAACCAUGACAGAAGAUAAGUACAGUGCAAUUCUAUAAAUAGUGUUUCACAUUUAAACUAGCUUAGAGCCUAUUAGGUUUAAUGCCUUAGCUUCUCAUUACUAAUGACCUAGGGAAUUGUUAUUAGCAUCAAGCAAGAAGUUCAGGAUAGUCAAGGCAGCAGAGAAUAUUGCCAGAAAAAAAAAUCUUUAAGACAGGAGGGAAUUUCUAUUAUAUAUAAGAAAAAUAACAAAUGAGUUUUUUUUAAGACUAUCAGUGUCAUAUAUUUGAUCAUUGGAUUAAUUAGCCCAUCAAUUAGUAUUGAGAAUUCUGUUCAUGGUGCUAAGUAGUUAGAGGGGUGUAAUGUGUAGGUCAUAGUUCUAAGUGAUUGUAUAGUGUAAAUAAUUUAUAAGCUCUAAAUAGUCAGCUUUAUCUAAUUUGAGGGCAUUAAAAUCAGUUACUGCCUGGAACUUUGAAGAGAGAAAACUUCAGGGACAGAUAAGUUGAAAAGCACUGGAACUGUUUAUGUCCAUACCAGGUUGGUGAAUUACAAAAUUUGGAAACUGGUGUCUAAAAUUAACUGUUUAGAAUUCAAAAGGGGACAUAAUGUUUUACCUUUGUGAUCUAUUAGCAAGAAUUAGUCUACUGUAAUGUUUGGGGAGCAAAGGGAAGAAAAAUUUUUCACUUAUGCACUUGUUUUUGAAGACAGUUUGUAUGACACAAUACAAAACUUUUAAACAACUUA